ACUAGCUCAUAAAAGGAAAACAGCGUGUGUGGCUCUUGACGUGCCGCGAAUCUUCGAACGUAAGGGCGUUACCUAACGCUUUGAAAAGCAUUCGAGGGACGCGUCCGCUCCUGCCGUCGUAAUUUCCAGCGCGACGUGCUUACUCCGUUCGUGGCUUGGCAGCUCCACUUUUCUCCAUGUUGACUUCUGUCUCAGACAGGCAAAAGCCUCCAUCAGUUCCAGGCUUCCCUGCUACUCUGUUAACAACCAACUGCAAGAAGGAUACCUCUGGAGAAAUACCCAAGAAACAGUAGGGGUUACUUCUAGAGGCACUCCGUAUGCAAUGGCCCUGGUGUCUGCUGAUUCCCGCAUUGCAGAACUUCUCACGGAGCUCCAUCAGCUGAUCAAACAAACCCAGGAAGAGCGUUCACGGAGCGAACACAACUUAGUGAACAUCCAGAAGACCCAUGAGCGGAUGCAGACAGAGAACAAGAUCUCUCCCUAUUACCGGACAAAGCUGCGUGGGCUCUAUACAACCGCCAAGGCCGAUGCGGAGGCGGAGUGCAAUAUCCUCCGGAAAGCUCUAGAUAAGAUAGCAGAAAUCAAGUCUCUGUUGGAGGAAAGGCGGAUCGCGGCCAAGAUUGCGGGCCUGUACAAUGACUCGGAGCCCCCUCGGAAGACCAUGCGCAGGGGGGUGCUGAUGACCCUGCUGCAGCAGUCGGCCAUGACCCUGCCCCUGUGGAUCGGGAAGCCUGGUGACAAGCCCCCGCCCCUCUGUGGGGCCAUUCCAGCCUCUGGCGACUACGUGGCCAAACCUGGAGACAAGGUGGCUGCCCGGGUAAAGGCUGUGGAUGGGGACGAGCAGUGGAUCCUGGCCGAGGUGGUCAGCUACAGCCAUGCCACCAACAAGUAUGAGGUAGAUGACAUCGACGAAGAAGGCAAAGAGAGACAUACCCUGAGCCGGCGGCGCAUCAUCCCACUGCCCCAGUGGAAGGCCAACCCCGAGACGGACCCUGAAGCCUUAUUUCAGAAGGAGCAGCUCGUACUGGCCCUGUAUCCCCAGACCACCUGCUUCUACCGUGCCCUGAUCCACACGCCCCCACAACGGCCCCAGGAUGACUAUUCAGUCCUGUUUGAAGACACCUCCUAUGCGGAUGGUUACUCCCCUCCCCUCAAUGUGGCCCAGAGGUACGUGGUGGCUUGUAAGGAGCCCAAGAAAAAGUGAAGUGGGCUGGCAGACUCCAAAUCUCCUGCCGUCCUCACAGGGGAGUGCAACAGAAGAUUUUGUGAUCAAAUAAAUAUUGUUCCCCUUUG